UUCGUCUACCGCUGUUGUGAUGUUACGUCGAUUUGCAACUCCACUAUCGACGGGGAUUUACAGAACUAGAAUACCUUUAAUAAGAACUAUCAAGAGUACUUCAUAUACUAUGGUAUCAGAAUCUGAGUGGCAAGCCAAACUCUCACCAGAACAAUUCCGUGUAUUAAGACAAAAAGGCACAGAAAGGGCUUUCACUGGUGAAUAUGACAAUCACUUUGAUAAAGGUGUAUACACCUGUGCGGGAUGUAACACACCACUGUAUAAAUCCGAACACAAAAUGGUUAGCCAUUGUGGAUGGCCUGCUUACUUCACUGCUCUACCAGGAAAGAUUAAUAGGCAUGUUGAUAACUCAUUUGGGAUGAAGAGGAUCGAAAUUACUUGUGCUAACUGCGAUGGCCAUCUCGGACACGUUUUUGAGGGUGAAGGAUAUAAAAAUAUGGCUGGUGAGAAGGUAAAUGACCGUCACUGCGUGAACAGCGUUAGCCUGAAAUUCCUACCAGAAGACAAGUAAAUGCGCAUAAUGAAAUUUUUCAUGAAUAAUUCUUAACUUUUACAAUACAUCUACUCUUGCAUGCG